GUGACCCCGGGCCGCCAUGGCGGCGGUGCCCCGAGGACCCCGCUCCGAUCCUCCAGCGGGCGCCCGCUUCUUCUGCACCGCGGGCCGCGGCCUGGAGCCCUUCCUGACGCGGGAGGUGCGGGCGCGGCUGGCGGCCACGCAGGUUGAAUAUAUUUCAGGGAAAGUGUUUUUCACCACUUGUUCUGACUUAAAUAUGCUGAAAAAAUUAAAAUCUGCAGAAAGAUUAUUUUUGCUGAUUAAAAAGCAGUUACCACUUAAUGUUUCUUCUGGAAGUAAAGGAAAAAUAUUUAAUGAAAUGCAAAGACUUAUAAAUGACGAUCCUGAAAGCUGGUUGAAAGCCAUUUCAAUUUGGAAAAAUCUUGAACUUGAUGCAAAAAAGGAAAAACUUUCUCAGAAAGAUGCUAACCCACUAAAAAGAAAAAUGGGAGAAAAUGAUGUCAUCGUUGCUAAAAAGUUGGAAACAGAACAAAUGCACGAGAUACGCGAGAAUAAGGAAUGCCAGCUGGAAAAACAAAUAGAAGCAGCAGCACUGGAGCAAGGACAUCGCAUCACUAAGAGACAAGAAUUUCUAGAAGAAGAUCUUCAGAAGGAUGCAGUGGGCUCUCGUACCCACAGCGACUUGACUUUCAGAGUCUCCUGUCGCUGCAGUGGCGCUAUCGCGAAGACCUUUACUGCACAGGAGGUAGGAAGAGUAUUUGGAAUUGCUCUUAUGAAGCAGUUUGGAUGGAAAGCAGAUUUGAGGAAUCCCAAUUUAGAGGUCUUUAUACAUCUAAGUGACAUUUACUCUGUGGUGGGAAUUCCCAUGUUCAGGGUUCCUUUAGCCAGCAGAGCUUACAUCAAGACAGCAGGGCUGAGAUCUACCACAGCCUGGGCAAUGGCCUGUCUCGCGGAAAUUAAGGCUGGUGCAUUUGUUUUAGAUCCAAUGUGUGGACUUGGAACAAUACUUCUGGAAGCUGCUAAAGAAUGGCCAGACGUGUAUUAUGUGGGUGCUGAUGUCAGUGACUCACAGUUACUAGGUGCAUGUGACAAUCUGAAAGCUGCAGGCCUUAAGGAUAAAAUUGAGUUGAUUAAAGCCUCUGUUACAGAAUUGCCUUUGCCUUCAGAAAGUGUCGAUACUAUUAUUUCUGACAUUCCAUUUGGGAAAAAGUUUAAGUUAGGAGAAGACAUCAAAAGCAUUCUACAAGAAAUGGAAAGAGUGCUUCACAUUGGUGGAACCGCCGUGCUGUUGCUCAGCGAAGAUCACUGCAGGCGCCUUAGAGAUCACGGAGGGACCAGCAUCCCUCUGAACUGUAGGGAGGGCCACGCAGGUGAACCCGGGAGUGAAGAGUGCUUGAAUCCUGAGGGGAAAACUGGCAUAUCAGACCCAGUGUCACCUUCAUUCGCAGCCAGUAACCAGGACUCCUUGGACAGAAUGCCACCAUUUGGCUCUUUGGUGCCAGUGGAAUGCUACAAAGUUAGCCUGGGAAAAACAGAUGCAUUCAUGUGCAAAUAUAAGAAGCUGCACUCUCCUGGACCAUAGCAGGCUUGCUGCCGUAGGCUGGGUUCAGGUCCUAUGCCAGCUGUACAGCAGCAGAAGGUGGUUUUCUGUGAACUCUUGACAGUGCCAGAGGGUUCCAAGUAAACAGACACCCCUAAGACAGGGGCUGGGGCUGCUGGACACUUGUUCUUAAUAAGAGCUUCUACUUCACAUGCUAAAGGAUGUUUCUGACAAAGAACAAUUAAUAUAUAUGUGAACUAACAGACUCUUAAGCUUUGCCUUUCGUCAGAAUGUGAAAAGAUCAGCUCUGCCUGCACUGUUUCUGAGCAGAGGCUUCAACUUCAAAACCAAAGUUUUUAGAGGCUCACCAUAAAGUAUAUGGCAGUCAUCACACGUUUGGUAAUGUUUUCACCAUCAGAUUUUUUGAAAUGUAGAAACUUUCAUGUUUUGACAUCAGCUUCUUUUGAUAUUAAACUUGAUUUUUUGAACCUGUAAUUUUCUUCUCCGUUGGAAUGAAACUAACUUGUGUUUGCAAUACACUGUGUAUGUGCCAUACACAAGUCAGUGGGAGUAAGAGCAAUGUGAAUUAAGCCAGUGUCCUUCAACAUGAAAAAUAAACUUUGCUUUUUUCCUGAAAGCAUUAAUAAAUUGUGACCUCAUUCUGAUUUAAAAAAAA